CGAGUGUUUCUGUUUUGACUUUUGAGUUUUCCCUCUCAUACACUCUCCACUCCACUCUCUAUUCUUCUCCAGUCUCCGCUCCUCCUCUUCACUAAAAAAUCCACAGCUUCCUCCGCCAGAAUCCAAGUCCGGAAACCGGCGGCGUCCUCACAAUCGAGCUCUAACCCCCUCGGGAGCUUGGAUCAGUCGACCUUAAUUCUUUCAGCUUCUAGGCUUUAGCUUCGGGGAGCAGGAGCAAAGAUAUAAACCCUAACUCGGUCAUAACCGGCUCACCUUCUUCCAGCUGCUGGGCAUUUCCAGGAACGAUGGCGGAUUUACUUGGGGGAACCAAUCUGGACAAGUUAAAGUCGUUUAGUGACGAUCUGGUGGCGGUGUUGAAGAAGCAAACCAGCAUUCAUUUCUUGGCCCAAUGUCUUGACGAGUCGAAAGCUCUUCACACCUUUUCUGAGGCGGAAUUCGACGAGGUCGACACCCAGCUCGAAGAUUACGAGAGAAAGAUAGAGGAAUGCAAGCGGAAGACUCAAAAGGCAAAACUGGAAGUGCGUGAUGAAGCAGAGAUAGACCUUAUACAGAAGGAGUUGGAAGCUGAGCUCGAAAAGGAACGUGCUUUACGAGAGGAUCUCAGAGUGAUCAACAAUCAGAUCAGUGAUCUAGAGCAGCGAAGGGGCUCCGUUGACGAGCAAAUUCAAUUGAGAAAGAAACUGGAUCGAGAAGAGUCGAGGGCACAGAAGAAGCUUUCGAUGUAUGCUUCUGUGACGAAUAUCAUUCCUGACUUGGGCGAUCGUUCCAAAAUCUCAGGCCAUAUAGUAGACCGGGAUAAGAGGAUGGUUGAGAAGUUUGAGUUCAACCCAGCAGAAUCAACUCCAUUUGAAACAUGUGAGAGCAUUUGGAAGUUGAUAAAUCACCGAUAGGCAUUCAAACAUCCAUCGGUUCCUUCAGAGCUCUCUGAUCUGUUUCCUGCUGAUCUGGUUCCAUGGAGAUACUGUGUGUGUGUGUGUGUGUUACUAACACCUUUUCUGUACCAUACGUUAUUGUUGUUAUUAGUUCGAAAGGACCAAUGACCAUGAAAUCUACAAUUCUUAACAUAUGUGUAAUAUCCCAGGGUGCUUCCCUGCUCUCCUCUUUCCAUCCACCUCUUGCUCUGCUGAUCAGUGAUUUCUGGAAAAGCGUCCUCUCUGUGUCUCUUUCUAUAAUGUCAGUGUUAUUUUUGAAGUACGACGCAGUAAAGAUUUACCUAGGGUUUGUAUUUUGUACUUGUAGAAGACAGUAUAAGAAUGUGUGUGAUAUCAUGUAUUCUGCAAAUACAUGGUUUUUCUACCAGAUUCAUACCAGAAAACAAUAGAUUGAUAGAAACUCACAGGUAACAAUCCUGACUGGUUGUUGCAUAACUUCUAAUCCAUCUAGUUUAGUAAUCUCAACCCACUACUGAUAUCUCCUAGUUCACAAGGUUGUUACUUUUCUGGACUGAUAGGAAACAUCACAAGGCUAAGCAAAAUUCUAUUUUCAGCAUUAUGCUCUGUAGCACAUCUGUUCCUCAUUACUACUCUUCUCGAUGUCGUGACUACUCUUCCUGCAAGCACUGGGCAGUGACUUGCCUUUGUACGCGUUGCAGACAUAUGACACAAACUUCUUGUACUCCUGCACCACCCAGUUUCGAGUAAGUAACGGCAACUCAACAGCAUCAGAAAACUUGAGGAAUUUCUGAGAUAUGGCUAACCUGAGCCAGAGGGAUGCCGUUGACAGUGACCCAGGGUACACCUCGAAGUGGCGGCUUCAGAUGGGUAGUGUCGUAGCCAUACUUCAGCAGCAGCUUCAGACCCACAAGUCCAAACUCAGUGCACUCGAUGAUGUCGAACAUGUAAGGUUGCCUCUGCAGCAGCAGCCAUCAAACCUUAGCUGGGCAUACCAUUCUCAUGUUCCCCAAAGAAAGAAAGAAAAGUAAGUGGAUUCAGGAGGGGUUAUUUACCGCGACGGCAAUUAUGCAGGCGUGUAUUCUGUUGAGCAAGCAUUCAUCUUCACCGUGUUGGCAAACGAUUGUGGAGCCAAUGCUGUAGGCAUUGCCCCAAGGGACGAGCUUGAGAUUGACGAUGUUGACGAGAUCGGAACCCAUGGCUUCGGCUAGAGGAUGAAUGAUGAAGUCGCGGCAGUAGGGGCAACCUGUUUCGUAAUACAGGGUCAAGUUCACCUUGUCCGACUCGUAAGAAUAAGAUUGAGGUGGAGAGAGGAGUAGCAGAGACAAGAGGAGAAGGAGCAAUGGGAGGAAUGGUGGGGAAGCCAUUGCCUGUUGGGUUUUUUUCUCUUCUUGGGGUCUGUCUUCAAUAGAGAGAUGAAUCGAACUAGAAAGCGUGAGGGAUAAUAUGGCAAGGGGGUUGACAGAGAGAAAAUGCAGUGUGAGUAGUUGAUGAAUGAUAAUGAUGAUGAUCUGCUACUGGUACCGGCUUUAAAUGUGGUAGUUGUCGAGCGAACAAUCCUACAGAUCUCUG